AUGUACCACCCUCAAAAUGAGAGCCGAGGUAGUGCUAACAGAGCCACCCGUGACAUCAACGGAACCAUCAGUGAUCUCAACGGAACCACCCGUGAUCUCAACGGAACCACCCGUGAUCUCAACGGAACGCCCAACGAUCUCAACGGAACCACCAGUGAUCUCAACGGAACCACCAGUGAUCUCAACGGAACCACCAACGAUCUCAACGGAACCACCAGCGAUCUCAACGGAACCACCAGUGAUCUCAACGGAAUAAUUCGAACCAACAAUGCUCUCAACGGAACCACCCGUGAUCUCAACGGAGCCACCAACGAUCUCAACGGAACCAUCCGUGAUCUCAACGGAACCACCAGUGAUCUCAACGGAACCACCAGUGAUCCCAACGAAACCAUCAUUGAUCUCAACGGAACCACCAGUGAUCUCAACGGAACCAUCCGUGAUCUCAACGGAACCACCAGUGAUCUCAACGGAACCACCAGUGAUCUCAACGGAACCACCCGUGAUCUCAACGGAACCACCAGCUAUCUCAACGGAACCACCAGUGAUCUCAACGGAACCACCCGUGAUCUCAACGGAACCACCAGUGAUCUCAACGGAACCACCAGUGAUCUCAAUGGAACCACCAGUGAUCUCAACGGAACCACCAGCUAUCUCAACGGAACCACCAGUGAUCUCAACGGAACCACCCGUGAUCUCAACGGAACCACCAGUGAUCUCAAUGGAACCACCAGUGAUCUCAACGGAACCACCAGUGAUCCCAACGAAACCAUCAUUGAUCUCAACGGAACCACCAGUGAUCUCAACGGAAUCACCAGUGAUCCCAACGGAACCACCAGUGAUCUCAACGGGACCACCAGGGAUCUCAACGGAACCACCAGUGAUCUCAACGGAACCACCCGUGAUCUCAACGGAACCACCAGUGAUCUCAACGGAACCACCAGGGUCUCAACGGAACCACCAGUGAUCCCAACGGAACCACCAACGAUCUCAACGGAACCACCGGUGAUCCCAACGGAACCACCAGUGAUCUCAACGGAACCACCCGUGAUCUCAACGGAACCACCAGCGAUCUCAACGGAACCACCAGUUAUAUCCCAACGGAACCACCCGUUAUUGUUUGCAAACUGUAUGAAUCCUCGUUGA